UUCUCGUCGGGCUCUUAGCAUAGAUUUUAAAGGAUGAGCUAGCUACAUUUAACUGUAUAGCUAGCUAGCUAGAUGACAGCUGCGUUUGCUGUUCUAGAAAAAUGGCAUUAACUGUUGCUAGGUAACACACUGCAGUUGGUGACAUUGUCAGUUGCCAAUGUUGUAGCUACAGACUACAGUUCAAGUCCUUGAUAACGGCAACUGUUAUUUCGAACUACAACCUGAGUUAGUACUAGCUUGCUACGACAUGCAGAGAUAACUAGGCAGUUAUGCACUGCAGGUAGGAAAGUUAGCUCGAACGACAACUUUACUCAUGGAAAUGCGUGGUUGUUUGUUCGUUAUCGGGAUGUAUUACUUGUAAUAUAAUUUCUAGUUGCAAAAUCGACUUGAAGUAAGAUAGCUAAGUUAACUUAGUGAUUUUUGUCUUGAACGAUUGCUGACAACAUCAUUGGCUACUUGCUCUAGCUAGCUAGCUAGCCUAGGUUCGAACAAAGCUGCAAACCUUAGCCAGGGCAUGAAUGUGUUAAUUACGAUACAGCUAGUUGACUAGCGCUAGCUCAUCGCUCAAUCUAGCUGGUCUACGUUUAUGUUGAUACUUAGGCUAGUAGAAAUGCUAGCUAGCUAAAUUCAGAAUCGCAGUAGAUGGAGUUCAAUGAUAGGUAGCCAAAAGACAAGACUGCACUUGGUUAACUGGCGACCGCGCUGUCUAGGUUAGGCUAUGAUACACGCGCGCCAGGUGUUGACUGAUUGCUAAUUUUGCUAGCUGGCAAGGUGGCUAGCAUUUAUCGUAAAUGACAGCUGUCACCUGGUUGAACUUGACAGUUUUUGUACGUUACCGAUUCGAAUGUUGUGGAGUGAACAUUGAACGUGCGCUGUUUAGCUCGUCUGCGAACGAGUUAAUUCUGAUAGCCAACAACGCUAGCUAACAAAAGUAAGCACGCCAAUUCUCCUGAAGAUAAAAGGAAACCGCUCGCUAACUCGUAGAACGCGGGUGGACAUAGCUGCCCGUGGCAGUAGGAGGAAUAGUGGACAGAACUCGCCCCCCAUACCGGAGACCAGCUGACAUCCGCAGGCGGCCUACGAGACUCCGAGGGAUGGAUCAACUCAAAGUCAAAGACAGAAUACUGGAAAAUAUCUCACUUUCUGUAAAGAAGUUGCAGAGUUACUUUGCCGCCUGUGAGGAUGAGACGCCGGCUAUCCGGAACCACGACCGUGUUCUGCAGCGCCUGUGUGAACACCUGGACCACGCACUGCUUUAUGGGCUGCAGGACAUCUCCUCGGGGUACUGGGUCCUGGUCCUCCAUUUCACACGCAAGGAAGCCGUGCGGCAGAUAGAGGAGCUCCAGCACAUCGCCACCCACCUCGGCCGCAGUCGGGCCUGGUUAUACCUGGCACUGAGCGAAAGCUCACUGGAGAGCUACCUGCGACUCUUCCAGGAGAACCAAGCACUGCUGCAGAAGUACUACUUCAAAAAUGCCUUGGUCUGCAGCCAUGAUCACCUCACCCUCUUCCUCACCCUGGUAUCAGGACUGGAGUUCAUCCGGUUUGACCUGGAGCUGGAUGCCCCAUACCUGGACGUUGCCCCUUAUAUGCCGGAAUACUACAAACCUCAGAACCUGCCCGACUUCGAAGAGCGACUGCCCAGCUCCGACAGCCUGUCCCUGCACUCCUUCACAUCCCUGACCUCCACAAACCUGGAGUGGGACGACAGCGCCAUCGCUCCCUCCAGUGAAGAUUAUGAUUUCGGUGACAUCUUCCCCGUGUUGCAGUCAAUGCCAAGUGCAGCAUGGGAAGAAGGUGACCUCACCGAUCCCGUCAGCUGCCCUCGCUCCACGACCUCUGACCCCCAGAUGGUGGUCAGCCCGGCGAUGGGGGCGGCGGCCGGGGCGACGGCGGGGAGGGGGACCCCGGUCCCCCGGAGCCCCACGCUUCGGCACAACCCCUUCAACGAGGACUCGGACACCAACACCUCCGCCGAGGUCACGCCCGUCCACACGGCCAGCCGGCACGACACCACCACCGGGGACGAGACGGAGAGCACCAGCACCGAGCUGGAGGUCAUCCGGUCAGCAGCGCUCCACUGCCGCCCCGUCACCGCCCUCAGUCCUGACGUUACCAUUACCGCCCUCAGUCCUGACCUUACCAUUACCGCCCUCAGUCCUGACGUUACCAUUACCGCCCUCAGUCCUGACGUUACCAUUACCGCCCUCAGUCCUGACGUUACCAUUACCGCCGUCAGCCCUGACAUUACCGCCCUCAGUCUUGACGUUACCAUUACCGCCCUCAGUCCUGACGUUACCAUUACCGCCGUCAGCCCUGACAUUACCGCCCUCAGUCUUGACGUUACCAUUACCGCCCUCAGUCCUGACGUUACCAUUACCGCCGUCAGCCCUGACAUUACCGCCCUCAGUCCUGACGUUACCAUUACCGCCCUCAGUCCUGACGUUACCAUUACCGCCCUCAGUCCUGACGUUACCAUUACCGCCCUCAGUCCUGACGUUACCAUUACCGCCCUCAGUCCUGACCUUACCGCCCUCAGUCCUGACCUUACUGCCGUCAGUCCUGACCUUACCGCCAUCAGUCCUGACCUUACCAUUACCGCAGUCAGUCCUGACCUUACCAUUACCGCCGUCAGUCCUGACAUUACCGCCCUCAGUCCUGACAUUACCGCCCUCAGUCCUGACAUUACCACCUUCAGUCCUGACAUUACCAUUACCGCCGUCAGUCCUGACCUUAGUGCCGGCAUUCCUGACGGAAUACUGAAUGCACUAGUGCCCCCUCUGACGGGGGUGAUGCAUAAUGGGAUGGCCCGGCGCAGGAAGCCGGGGAAGAAACGGCGGGGGGGCCGGGAGGGCGGGGAGUCGCUGAGCAGCAGCCAGAACGGCAGCCCCCCGGGCCUGGAGGAGGGCGAGGAGGACAGGGGGUCGCAGGAGUCCCAGGAGUCCCGGGAGCAGGGCGCGGGGGAGGGCUGGGGGGUCACCGAGGCCACACAGGGCUCCGGGUCGGGCACACCGAGGAGCAGGAGGAGCGGGGGCGAGGAGGAGGAGGACACGGAGGAGCGCGACGCGGAGGCCGCAGGCUUGCUCAGGCUCCCUGAGAUGGCGGACACCUCCAUGGACAGCGUGGGCCAGCCCCUGAGGGAGGUGAUGGACCGGCUGGACGGCUCUGUGGACGGGCAGGCCUGGGGGCCGGGGGAGGGGGCGGCGGGCACCAGCCCCGGGGGUAACAGCAGCUCCCCGCCCCCGCAGCAGCAGCCCUUUCGGGGGGAUUCUGGAGGGGAACCGCCCGACCCUGCCCCCCUGGACCGUCCCGUGGCCCCCCCAGACACCCGUGUCCGGCAGACGCCCACGGCCCCCGCAGACUACUACCGCUUUACCGCCGACAGUGCAGACCCUGCUGCCCCAGGUGGUGGCCACCAUGACCCUGCAGGGCAUGGCCAGCCGCCGGCUCUACAUGGUGGCCAUGAAGAUGCGGGAGAAGCAGAGGGACAGGGCUCCUCCCUCAACGUAGCCCUAGAGCAGGAGCCGGAGGAAGAGGAGGAGGAGGAGGAGGAGGACGAGGAGGUGCAGCCAGAGCCGGUGGAGAACGGCACCGCCCUGGAAGGAAAAGCGGAGGAAGGAGAGCUGGAUGAGGAAGAGGAGGGUGAAGAGAACAGGGCCAGUCCAGUGGACUGUACUCAUCCCGCUGAGUUCAGAGUGGACAACAACCACCUGCUGCUUCUCAUGAUCCACGUCUUCAGGGAGAACGAAGAGCAGCUUUUCAAGAUGGUGAGGAUGAGCACCGGCCACAUGGAAGGAGACCUACAGCCCCUCUACCUCCUGCUGACGGACUGCUACAUCUACCUGCUGCGCAAAGGGGCUGCUGAGAAGCCCUACACUGUGGAGGAGGCAGUGUCCUACAAUGAGCUGGACUACAUUUCUGUGGGCUUGGACCAGCAGACGGUCACACUGGUGUGCACCAAUCGGAGGAGGCAGUUCCUGCUGGACACAGCUGACUCAUCCCUGACUGUCUGGUUUCUGACAGUGCUGAGGUCAGCGAUGGUGAAGGGGUGCAGGGAGCCCCCCUAUCCCUCGGUCCUGACCGACGCCACCAUGGAGAAACUGGCACUCACCAAGUUUGUGUCUCAGGAGUCUCAGUGUGAGGUCUCUGAGGUGUGCAUUCAGCUGUACUCCCUGGCGCACUGGGAGGACCCCCUGGAUGUGUCUGUGGCCCCGCAGGCCGGCCUGUGUGGCCCCUCAGAGUCCGGCAGCACUAAGGAGGGGCCGUUGCUCUAUCGGGCCGGGAGCUCAUACCUGGGCAAGGAGCUGUGGAAGAGCUGUUACCUGGUGCUCAGCAAUGGCAUUCUGUAUCAGUACCCAGAGAGGACAGACGUGACACCACUGCUGUCUAUCACCAUGGGGGGGGAGCACUGUGGGGGCUGUCGCCGGGCCAACAGUUCGGAGAGGCCCCACUCCUUUCAGGUGAUCCUGACGGAGCGCCCCCCUCUGGAGCUGAGCGCUGAGAAUGAGCAGGACAUGGCCGAGUGGAUGCAGCUGCUGUGCCAGUCCGUCUCCAAAGGGGUGAUCCCCCAGGGCCUGGCACCCACCCCCUGCAUCCCAUGUUGCCUUGUGCUGACGGACACGAAGCUGUUGACGUGUCAUCAGGACUGCCAGACCAGCUUCUUCCGCUCGCUGGGAGGGGUGGACCUCUGUGACAUCACAGGCAUCUGCCUGGAGAGGGAGCGAGAGUACUGCAUCAUUGACUUCACAGGGGACCGGGCCCACUUCCUGCCCCCCUGGGUGCUGUACUUCAGUGGCUGUGAGGAGAGGGACCGGCUCCUGGGCGCUCUGGAGCAGGCCUGGAAGAACAUUUUCAAGGUGUCCCUGCCCCAGAGGAGCGUGUUGGACCCCUGCAUGCAGAAGCGCUGUGGGGAGGCGCUGGCGCUGAUCAGGAGCGCGUGGCAGCGGAGCGACAGCCUCCAUCGGGGCCGGGCGCAGAGAGAGCCCUGGUGCUGAGGGGGGGUUCAGUGCUAUAGAUUAUUUAACACACUAUUAAUGGGUACGUGUAGAAACAGGACUCCGGGAUCGUUUCUCUUUUCCAGGUCGGGACUCCAGUGACAGUGACAGUGACAGUUUGGGUGAUCUGGCGGCAGCUCUGGGACUGCCUCUUUGGGUCUGUUUCAGGUGUUUGACCGACCUCACCCUUUUCCCUCUGUGUAUUUUUCCUGCUGGAAUUCUGGGUGAAAGGCUGCAGACCCACUCAAUCAACCACCGCACCGGAGAUCUGUUAUCGUCCCGCCUCCCUGCAGCACGGACAUUCAAACAGCUGGCGCUAUGCUUGCUACUGGGAGAAAAAUAUUUUUUUUCCCCCGACAAGAAAUAUCUACAUUGCCAAUAUGUAGCCAUAUAUACAGUACAUUGAGCAGUGCAUGACAUGAGAAAACCCAUUGGUGAAAUGGCUCAUUUAGUAGCAGGGCUUUUUGCACACGCCAGUAGCCCCAGCUCUGCUCUGCUACAUCCCAUCCUGAGGGUUUGUCGUCAGCACACUAUACGCCUCACAGAACCGCUGUGCCUCGCUGUAGAGUCCUCCCUGCUGAGACCGAACGCUCUCACAAUGGUACUGGAACGUUUGGUCAAUGUCAGAACGUCACCGCAACAUUGUGGGACAGUUUUGUGUGAGCUGGGCUGGGACUGGCAUAGGUCACUGAUGUGCUGAAUGGGGGAUGGUAGAGGCCACUGAAAGGCUUAAUUUUUUUCCUGCAGUGUAAGCUGCAUUCCUGUCCAUGUAUUCCGUGAUCUUGGAUUUCUUUGUGUUGGUUGGGAUAGAGAGGGAGCUCAGAGUCUCCUGUAGUGGCAGGUACUGUAUAUGAGAGUGUAGAUACGAUGACGCACACAGUAAGCAAAGCAGGAAAUAACGCAACACGUAAGACAGAGACGCCAGGUUGAACAGAUUGAGUUGCUAGCUGUGGACAGGUAACAUUUUCUUUUACAAGUCCCCUAAGUACUAGGUAUUUAUCUGCUCACUGUGUGCUAAGACUAGCAUGAAUUGGUUAAUUACCACUGGUAAAGAAGAAACAGAGGUAAAUACUGUAAACUGGAACUGAAAUGAUUAGAAACACAGCCUCUAUUACCUAUCAAUUCAAGUGACUUGUAGUUAUCAAAGUAGUCAAGAGUGUAACUGUGUGCUUCGUAGACUAUACUUCCUUUCUACCAGAGGUAUCAAGAAAGUAUCAUUUUAAUUACUAUGAAGAAUACAAUUAAACUGGCUAUAACCUGCCUAUAACUACAAGAUGGAAGCACCCUCUUUAUUACCAAGCAUUUCAGUUUUAUUGUCUUUUUAACAGUUCUCAUCAUCUAUUUAUCUGGUAAAUACUUAGUACUUUGGGGACUGUAAAAGAAAAUGUUACCCGUGGACUUACUGUACAAUCAUUUCCAUGUUAAUCGUUUUUCUAUUCUUGCUCCUUUUAAGUGUGUACUAAUUUAUCACUGUGUGUGUGUGUGUGUGUAUGUGUGUGUGUGUGUGUGUGUGUGUGUGUAUACGCUUUAUAUUUUCUUUUUUUUCUGUCCGUAUGGGAGCAAUUGUUUCAACUGAUGAGCAAAAUAACCAAGUUACAUUUGUGAUGUUUAUUUCUGUGUUUGAAUGAGUUAUUUUUAUUUAUUUUUUCCCUUUGUUUUUAUUUAUUGCAGAAUGAGAGGUUAUAUAGAGAGGUCUAUGUCUGGGUCCUUAUUGCAUUAUAGUGCUCAACAGCGUGUGUGGUGGGGAGUGAAACAGCACCCUCUGCUGGCUGCCGUUUCAUUGCACAGGUGUGGGUCGGGGAGCUGCAGUACGGGUCCAAUCACACAGCAGACUCUUGAGUCACGUACCUUUCACUAAUUGGAGCGGCAGCAAUAGUGCAGCGUGUGCUGAGAUGCAGGAAUGAGCCCGAGGAUGUGACUGACAGCUGGUGAAACCUGAGGGACCAGCGACACCGCUACAGACCCAGAGCCGCGUUAUCGUCCGCGCUGUCAGUCGCUGAGUGGCGGUUCCUAUUCCAUGCCGGGCCGCUCCCCGCUCGUGAAGCUUCCCUUAUUGGUUGAAGGGGUGGUGGUGCAGGGAGCGUUUAGAUUUCGGACGAAUCACGUUGAGUCAAGGUGACUGUUUCCGUGUGAUAUCAUCCUGGCAAAUUCAGAAUUGUGAGCUUUUCUUAUGGGAAAAGGUAUUGAUACGGUUCAGGCAGUAGUUUUGCACAGUUUUCGAUGGUACUGUUUGGUAUGCCAACACGAAAUGGACUUGUCAUUAUUGUUGUUCUGAUUAGAUUAGAUUUACCCUUUGUGUCGUUGUAUGACUCAUCUUGUUUACACUUGGUACCGCUGCACUACUGCACAGUGCAUUGUGGGUGUUUCUGUGGAGGUACUGUUGUUGUCCCUGUGUGAUUGGCCAGUCUGUGCUUCUGUUUUCAUCAGGGUAACUGAUAGUCGUGGGUGGAUUAAAUUAAGGUUGGCCGAUUUAAUUACUCAUUCGGUUUUUCGACGGUAAAUCAAUAGUUAUAUUAUUUGACUGCUUUACCUGUGAGGGGUCCACCUAAUUGACCGUGCUCAUUUUGUAUCAGUGGCCUUAAGAAAAACAAAAAACUUGAAAGAAAAAAAAUUAUGUCCAUUGGAAAAAUUAAAAGCAUCUGGUCGGAGGUUUGUGACCUGUGAACAUGCUACACUGUGAGCAUGUCUUUUGGCCAUCUUAAAUGACAAUUGUAUAAACCCCGUAUCAGUAGAACUUGUGUAUCUGAGAAAGAUAAAUGUAUGUGAUAAAACAAAUACACGCCUAUGUGUAUAUACUGUAUAUAUUGUGCUUGUGCGCAGAAGAGAGAGCAACAUACUGGUAUACAUACACGUACAUGCGCACACGCAUUCACUCGCACGCAUACUGUAUUUGUAUGUUUGUGCUUCAUGUGUGGAUGCCCCAAGUAUGUACACAGCUUUUAUGUGUCCUUAAUGGAGUAUUGCAGUAUUGGCUAGGAUUAUGAAAUUCUUUCAUAACGUUGCAUACUUGUGAUGCCAAGUCUCUUCUAAAAUCCACUGUGGGUCUGGCUCAACAGAUUGAGUUGAAGCCAGCCCUGUGAGACACACCAGUGGGUUGAUGGGAAAUGGAGAGGGUGAAUUAGACCGCACUGAACCUGCACCCUGUGCACCGAAGCCCUUUCGUACACUACUCAAUGUUACGCCACCUUUCUGUUCCGACAGCUUUCUUCAUCCUUUCCUUAGUGUCCCAACUGGGUCUCUUGAUUGUCACUGGUUUAAUUGUCUGAAGGAAGAGGUACAGAAAAACCAUGUAGGUUGUCGAGGUUUAAUAAAAACGUAAUCUUUUGGCAUUAAGUGCAAGCCAAACCGUCUCAGGAAUGUAGGAUAAACUUGCGAUGAUGAAGGCUUGCCUGAAUAUGUUGACAUUGCUGGCCAGUGGUGGAGUACAGCUGAUGAUUGAUUGAGUGUUGCACAGUACAGAUGUGUCUAUUUAACAUUGUUUUAUCUUCAUUUAACAGAUGUGUCAUGCGCCGCCAUUUCUUUUCUAUUUGAAGUGUAUAAAGAAGCAAAACUGAGAUGAAUGUAUUCAAACUAUUCUCAGAUGAGCAUUAAAAUGCAUGUCAUGAAGUACUUUUUUUAUAUUGCAUUAAUAUGAAGAUAGAUAUGUACAUAUAAUGUUUGUAAAUGGGGUGCAAUAUGAAUAAAUCACUCUAAAUAACA